CAGAUAAAUAGCAGCUCAAGAAGUGCUGGGGUAGAAGCAGUGCUGUAAUCCAGUCCAAGCAAGAGAUUAGAUGACAGCCAGUAGCUGUCCAACAUAUAGUAUCGAUUCACUUGGAGACUUUCUAAAACAUGUUGAAACCACAAUAUGAGUAAUAGAUGAUGUAUUGUCAGAAAGAAGAUGAUGACAAACGCACUCCUACGCGAGAACGUAACAAUCGCAAACACUUCCUCAAAUAGAACUGUCUGUCCAGAAAACCAUGAGUACAAAUACAUGGUCUACUCCACCGUGUACAGUGUUGUAUUCGUCGUUGGGCUGCUGUCAAACCUGUCAGCUCUGUUUGUGUUCUAUCGCAUUGCAAAGAGUAAGAAUUCCAGCACCGUCUACCUGAUGAACCUCGCUGUCGCUGACCUCCUGUUCGUGCUCAGCCUUCCCCUGAGGAUUGUCUAUUACCUGAGAAAAGGAGACUGGCCAUUCAGAGAUUUCCUGUGUCGGGUGUCUACCUAUACUUUCUAUGUCAGCAUGUAUUGCAGUAUAUUCUUCCUCACUUGCUUGAGCAUAUCGCGUUUUUUGGCCACGGUCCACCACAUAAGGCAUCAAAGAAUGUUCACUUUUCGGCGGUGCAUUAUCGCAUGUAUUAUAAUCUGGCUCUUUGUGGGUGUGGCGACAGCUCCCUUCCUGCUAUCGGAGAGCCAACCUUACCACGGCAAAAUCAAGUGCUUUGAGCCCGUGUUUGUCGUGUCCUGGACUCGCAUUGCUAAAAUGAACUAUUUUGCCCUCACUGUUGGGUUCCUAAUUCCUUUUGUCAUCAUUCUCAUCUGCUACUGUUUGAUGAUAAAGUACUUAAUGGGGGUCAGUUGGCAGUCAAGGCGAAUCAAGAGAGACAUAGCCAUGAUUGUGCUGGUUCUGGCAGUGUUUUUAAUCUGUUUCCUUCCCUACCAUGUGCAAAGGACGGUGCAUUUACACUACCUGGUCCAUCACCACAAUGACUGCGAGCUGGAAAACAUUCUCCGCAAGUCGGUGGUAGCUACAUUGUGCUUGGCAGUGGCCAACAGUUGCUUCGACCCUCUGCUUUAUAUUUUUGUGGGGCAAGGGUUUAGAACAUUCGUCAGGGCAUGGCUGAAGAGAAAAGAAUCUAACGUCUCGUACAGCUCCUCCAGUAGCAAGCUCUUCGUUAGCGCUGCAUUUAUCCAACAAGGUCGUAUGUUGGAAUCAUUCACAGAACCAAUCAAGCCAAGCCAGACUCUGCUGCAUGAACAAAAAGAACUACUGAGCGGAAAAAGUCAAGGAGAUGAUACAGUCUCAAGCAAAACAGAAACUGUUGAUCACGUCCUGCAAAACAGCCCACAGUGACUUCUCAAAAGUCUCCACUCUGCUGGUUAGAUGAGGAGAGUUUUUUUUGUCCUUCAUGGGUUGAUUGGUUAAGAUUUGGUACAAAAGGAGUUCCUUAGGAAGAAAAUGUGACGGAGCGGUUUGAAGGAGACAGUCGGGAAAAUGGGAAUUGUCUACGAUUUGCCGUUUUCCCAAAACAACAGUGAUUCCUGAACUUUCAAAGGAUGGUGUCAAGAAGAGUGGGAUGUGAGGGGUGAAUUAGAACUACAAGACAAAGGGAAUGUUAGGGUGUGACUUUAAAAAGAAGGAAAAUGAAGUAGCUCGCUAAUCAUGUACUUAGAACAUUUUUAAAUAUAUAUUAAAAAAUUAUCCAGUCCAGUGAGUGAUUAUUCCACUGGCGCCAAACAUAUUAAGAUUUAUUUCAAAUAUAUAAUAAAACAAAUAUGUUGAGAGUUCACCUUCUGACUCGAAGAUUUCCGAGAUGGCCCACUUCAAGUUCCUGGUGGUCGACUAAUAUUGACUCCACCACAGCAUAGUCCCUGUCAUCCAAAAACCCUCCACAGUCCUGAAUUCUGCAGGGUCCUACAGAAGAUUCCUCACAGAGAAUGUCCCAUAGAGAAUACUCCAAAGAAAAUACCUCACAGAGAAUACCCCAAAGGAGUGUCCAACCAUAGAGUGUGCCACAGAAAAUGCCCAGCAGAACGUACCCCAAAGACAAUGCUCCAUUUAGACUGCCCCAUGGAAAAUACCCCACAGAGUGUGUUCCAAAAAAGGGUCUGAUGUUCUUAUGUUUCAGUUUUACAAGAAGAUAAUUAACGACAUACCUUUACAAUUCUUUGACAGAAUUCCUUUAUAGGUUUGUGGGGCCAUCUCACUCUGUCUAUGAGGCAUAAGCAAAAAAAUCUCUACACUCAGUACCUCAGUCUCUAGUGAUCCUGGUAACUGCAGUCAGGGCAACAGUAGGAAGGAAAAAGGUGUGCGUAGACUGUAGAAUCCAGUAAAGAACUGUUGGGGCCAAGUGACCUGUUUCUGUGUGAUUUUAUCUAUGUAAUUCCAUGUGUUGCUAUCUAGAAGAAGUGCUCGUAACUAUUAGACAUCUCCAGAUAUUAGGGAGAUUGAACAUUUUACGAAUGAAAGAUGAGAAGUUGUCUGAAUUAUGCAUGAACAAGAGAGAUGAGGAAGGAAAACUAGGUGCCAAAAACAUUAUAAUAAAAUGUGAGGCUGGAUGAACACAGCAGGCCCAGCAGCAUCUCAGCAGCACAAAAGCUGACGUUUCGGGCAUAGACCCUUCAUCCAAAAACAUUAGUUGGGUCUAUAAGCACAGAACAAACAAGCAAAAUGAAAGUAUGUCAGUUUGUUGCAAAAUUAAUAUCGGCUCAUCUUUCUGCCAUCUCUGAACCAAUUAAUUUAUGCAUUAUUAAAUGCUUCAAACAUAACUGGAAGAGAUAUUUUUUCUUUGAGACAUCAUUGUGUUUCUUAAUCAUGUUGUGACUUUGAACAAAGCUUGAUGCACUUUUUAAUGAGUUUUCAUGUACUACAAAAGUAUUUGCUUUGGAGUGAGAAUUUCCACAAUUGUUCCCAAUUCAGUGUAUAUUUCUGUUCUGUAUGCUUAAUUAAAUGAC